AUGGAAGACGUCACAAAAUCCGCCGAGUCCCUCACCAUUUCCACCGACAAUGGCGCCUCCGAGUCAUCAGCUCCAGCCGUCAUCGGCCCAGCUCCGCCCCCGCCCGGCGCCGACCUCUCCGCCCUCUUCGGCAACCUUCCCCCCGGUGCGCUCGCCGCCAGCGCCGCCAACGCCAAGCCCAUGACAGUCCAAGAGACAUUCGAGGAGAUGAACAAGCACCCCCUCUUCAUGACCUCUCUUCCUUCCGACGAAGGCAACGAGGAGCUCGCGGCCCUGCAGGCGCUCGCGUACGAGGGCACACCCCUCGAGAACGCGCAGAACUUCAAGGAGCAGGGCAACGAGUGCUUCAAGGCCAAGCAGUGGAAGGACGCCAAGGAGUUUUACGGCAAGGGCAUCCAGGUGCUGGUGAAGGCCGACAGGGAAAGACGGGAUCCGGCCUUCAAGGCGAAAGUCGAAGAGGAGGAGCGGAAGCGGGAGGCGGAGGCGCGCAAGGCCCGGGCUGAGGGUGAUGCCAAGGCGAAGAUGGAGGCGGAUUUGGAGAAUGUCAAGGCUGAGAUGCCUAUCGCUGAAGCAGCAGAAGGUAAAGAGGAGGAAAAGAAGGAAAACGAACUAAGCGAAGAGGAGACGAUCAAGCAAGAAUCCGCCCUCCUCGAAACCCUCUACUGCAACCGCGCCGCCUGCCACUUGUCGCUCGCCAACUACCGUUCCUGCACGCUCGACUGCGCCGCCGCGCUCCGUCUCAACCCAGCCAACCUCAAAGCCCUGUACCGCUCCGGCCGCGCUUUGUUGUCGGUCUCCAAGAUCGCCGAAGCCGACGACGCCUGCGCGCGCGGUCUCGAGAUCGACCCUGACAACGCCGCCCUCAAGCAACUCGCCCGCGACCUGAUCGCCAAGAACGAGGAGAUCACGCGCAAGCAGCGGGCCGAGGAGGCCCGUCUCGAAAAAGAACGGCGCAAGAAGGCCCUGAAAAAAGCGGCGCUUGAGGCCCGCGGUAUCAAGACCCGCACGACUGAUGACCCGCCCGAGAUGGAGGAUGCUUGCAUUAAGCUUGUGCCUGAUCCGCUCGACCCUCAAUCGGAGCUGAGUUUUCCGCUAAUGCUGCUUUACCCCUUGAAGCUGGAGAGCGAUUUUAUCAAGGAGUUUAGGGAGACGGAGAGCGUGGGGCAGCAUUUGGAGUAUAUACUGCCGGACAUGCCGUGGGAUGAGGAGGGGGAGUAUGAUAGACCCGACAAGGUGGAGUGUUAUAUGGAGAGUAUAGACAUUAAGGUGCAGAUUGCUGUUGCAAUAAAGAGCCAAACCCAAGUAAUCCAAUCCCAGCACACCCUUAGCAAGGUCCAACACAAUGAACAUGCUUCGCAAUCCAUCACCGAGCCACAAGUCAAGGUACCUCUAGGUACCAUGAAGCAAGAUAUGGUAUUAGAGAAUAUUGACAAGACAAUGGGUGGCCCAGGCGAAAGGGAAAGGGAAAAGAAUCCCCUCGGUCAAACUCAGACAGUUCGGUUGGGGAGAGCAACCGCCGUGCCAGUGUACCUCCGUGCUCGUCCUGUCAAGGCAAGUGCUGUAUGA